AUGGGUUUCGAAGUAAAAGCCACAAUCGCCAACUUCGGCGGCCAACUCCUCAAGCUCUCGCACGAUUCCAGCACGACGCAAACCCCCAUGGCCGUCAGCGUAUACCUCCCUCCCGCCGCCCUCUCCUCCACCAACAAUACCAAAGUGCCCGUCCUCAUCUACCUAUCCGGCCUCACCUGCACGCCCGACAACUGCAGCGACAAGGGCUUCUUCCAGGCGCACGCGGCGAAACACGGGAUCGCCGUCGUAUGGCCGGAUACCUCCCCGCGCGGGGCGAACAUCGCGGGCGAGGACGACAGCUACGACUUCGGGAGCGCCGCGGGGUUCUACGUAGACGCCACGCAGGACCCGUGGAGCAAGAACUACAAUAUGUACAGCUACAUCACGUCUGAGCUCCCGUCGGCGUUAUUCUCCUCUUCCUCCGACAACCCUCUUGCAGGAAAGCUUGAUAGCGAGAGGGUCAGCAUCACGGGGCAUUCCAUGGGCGGCCACGGCGCGCUCACGCUGUAUCUGAAGAACCCGGGGAAAUACAGGAGCGUGUCCGCGUUCGCCCCGAUCAGCAAUCCCAGCGUGUGUCCGUGGGGCGAGAAGGCCUUCGCGGGAUAUCUGGGGAGCGACAAGGAUGCGUGGAAGAAGCAUGAUGCGACGGAGUUGGUUGCGGGGGACGAGUGGAAGGGGAAGGAUCUCAAGGCCUUGAUUGAUGUUGGCACGGGCGAUAACUUUUAUAAGCAGGGUCAAUUGCUCCCUGAGAAUUUCGAGAAGGCGGUUAAGGAGGCUGGUGUCAAGGGGGUCGAGGUGCGGUAUCAGCAGAACUACGACCACUCGUACUACUUCAUCUCGACGUUCGCCCAAGACCACGUGGAACACGCCGCCAAGUACCUCUUGUAA